AUGAGCGCAGUCCAGCGCAAAAAGUUUACCCAGCGUAACGUCUUCUAUCUCCGCGCUUCACCGUACGUCGUGCUGCAAAGCAUCCUCUACCUCGACUACCGCCAUGUGGAAUGGAUGAACCUAAAUCCCGAUAUCCUCAACCAGGUACUCUCCAUAUUGCGGACAAGAAUCAUGCCCAAGCUGCGCAAAGAGUCCGACUCGUCAGGAAAGCUUUCGGCAAUGAGCAAAAAGGAGCGAGUCGAUGUCUACUCGGAUCGCGAUUUUCAGGUAGCAUACUUUUUCAGAAGGAUGGAUGAUCGGCACUCAGUGCUUCUCAAGGAGAAGAGUCUGGUGUUUCCAAACGAUCCUAGUUUAGGUGAAGUUAAAGUUGAAGAGGAGGGAAAUGCGAAUCUUCACGCACCGAUCCCAAGAGCGGCCGCGGCCCCAGCUUCGAAGAGAACAACUGUUGUAGGUCACCAAGAUGGCGAGAGCAGUGUGCAACCAAUGCGAAUCAAAGACUCUCCAGAGGCUCAGGGAGCGAUUGGAUCUUCGUUGGAUUCAAGAACGGCUGUUCUUUCCGGUGCUGAUGACAGUACGCUUUUCAGAGGGGUGGCUGAGGAGGAAGAUCAAGAAGCAUUGACAAUGCCGCCACCAGCGACCACUAGCACAAGGCGAACAAGAGCUAACAUCAAUGUAGAGAAUGAACCAAGUCGGCGAUCAAAACGAUUUCGCUCUAAAGACCCUGUCAAUGUCAAAUCAGAAGCUUCUGCCGCAUCAGGAGCGGAUGACUCAAUACAAGAAACGGGCUCCUCGAUCCAGCAAGGAGAAACUGAUUACGAAAUGAGUGGCGGUGACGAAGCCAUCAUCAUUACGGAAGAGGACGAGGAAAAGAUGAAGCCAAAGCUGCACGUCAAAUAUGCUGGUUUCAGAAUUUUCGGCAAGCUUCUAGUGCUUGUGGUGGAGCCGUCGAAGCGCGCACUUGCUGCUCACCCUGAGCUCUUUGGAGAAAAGAGGACGACCGAGAUUCGCCAGCUCUCAGUGGCGCCGCGGUCCAUGACUCCUGGUCUAGCCAACAAUCGAUCGGGGUCGGUGCAGGGCCGAUUCACUUCACUUGAGCCAGCGGGGCGAUCAAGCCGAAAUGCGAGUGUGGGCCGAGGCACCACUCCGCUGUUCCGAGGUGCGACACCUGCUGAGAGCGAAGCGGGAGGCACACCUGGCCCAAUUCGAGACUCUGCAACGCCAGCGUCACGCGGUUCCAGUGCGCUCGAUAACGAUGCGAUAGGUAUGGUGGAAGGACAGAAGGGUGAGGCAGAGAACGAUGGACCAACGAUCGGUGAGCUGGAGGGCAUUGAGAUGGCAACGCAGAUGCUCGAGAGAGAAGGGCAGACGAUGGGUGGUAAUGAUCUCGACGAUGAGGAUUGA